AUGAUUGGAGAGAAUAGUAAUGUUGAAUUAAAAAAAUUAAAAGAGAAUUGGAGUAAUUAUUGUUACAUUGACAAACAAAAUGUUGAAUUUGAAAGACCCGAGGAAUGGGCACUUCAAUAUAAAAAUGAAAUUGGUUUACAAGAGGAUGGUUUUCGUUUGGCAUUUUUGGGAGAAGAUAAUGGUGGCAAAAAAACGGGAGAAGAUAAUGAUGCCCUAUUAUUAGCAAUUAAUGGUAAAGAAAGUUAUUUAACAACAAAACAGAAGGAGGAAAUAUUUAAAGAAAUAUUAAACAAUUUCCAUCUUCACAAAGUCACUUUCUUAGAAGCUCAUAAAAUGCUUGGUUUAUCCAACUCUACAACAAAAACAACUUCUGAAAUAACAGAAACGUCUACAUCCCAAAAACAAGAAGAAACAUACAAAAAAAUUAAAUUCGAAAUAUUAAAGGUUUUUAAUUUUCGGAAAAAAAUCCACAAAAUUUCCUAA